AGUUGCACAUCGGUCGCGCUCGCCCAUAGAUGCGUGCCGCGUUUUUACUAUUACUCUUGUCGACGUUCCACACGUUGAUUCAUUAGUUUUCGGCACAAGAAAACCAAGUGAAAUAUACAUAAGUUAAGUGUGGACACAAGUUGUGAGUGUAUUCGUAUUUUUGAAUUCAGCCAACACGUCUUAAAUAUAUUUUGAACGUUUAGUAGCAGUAGCAAGGAAGGCAACAGUAUCGGUAAUGCCACAGCUUCUUAUCAGAGAGAGGAAGAUGGUGCAGCUGUCGCCAUGAAUCGGGAGAACGUUUCAACUAAGAUCGCAGCUGGCAUGGAUCGAUGGCAGAAUACACUAGAAGAAAUGAUUCAUUUGCGUUCUUCGAAUAACCAAGCUUUUAAAGAUAACUAUUGGGCACAAAACGGCUUCGACGAACUUCGUCGUUAUGUCAAACAAGGGAGUGACUUCAGCAAAGAAUUGGCGGCAAUACUUCAAGAAAGGGUUGAAGCGGAGAAUUACUACUCCAAAUGUCUCGCGAAACUUGGCACGAAGUUAAGCAAAGCAUGUAAAGAGAGCGUUGGUUCCUGUGCAGAUGCGUGGAAACACGUCGCUAUAGAAAUGGAAAAACGAUCGGAAAUCCAUAGAAACUACUCCAGUGCCUUGGCUGAAGAGUUAGUGAAACCAAUGAAAAACAUUAUCGAUAAUCAACUUAAAUUGAGAAAAAAGAUCGAGGGAAAUGUGGACAAAACGACGCGGGCUCUUACUGAUUGGAGAACAGCCGAAGCGAAGUCAAAACGCCAAUCACACGCAGCGGCGAGGGAGAACGAAAAAUUGCAAGACGCCGUUUUGGAUAUUAGCCGCAUGUCACGUAGUUCAAGCGUUGGACAUAUUCCACACUCGAUCCUGAGUACGGCCCGAGCGGAACGAUUAGCUAACUCCACAAGUGAGCGAGACGCUGCAAAACUACAAGUUAAGAAGAGGAAGACUGAAGACGCUGUUAAAAAGACUGAAGUUGAGUAUUAUAAUGUCUGCGUUCAAGCGGAACGGGCGCGAUUAGAAUGGGAGACAAGCGUUGUGAAAGGUGCGGGGAUGCUAGAAUCUCUCGAGGAAGAGAGACUCGCUCAGUUGAAGAGCUCAGCGGAUUGCUAUUUAAGGUUGACGGCGGCGGUGCCGCCCCAACUAGCGGAGGUAACAAAUGCAUUAGUAAGUCCCAUUAAAAACGCGAACGCUAACGUUGAUAUGCGAGUCGUUCGCGGCGUGAGAUCGUCGCCGACCGGAGCGAGCGAACAACUUUUGCCCGACUUCUACUGCGAACAUACGACUCUCGCAAUGAACAGGGAACGCCGUAAGCAAGCUUUAUUAAAAAUUUUACAAUUAGUAAAACAAGAUAUAGAUCGAGAGCGCAAGUCCAAGCAGGGAUUGGAGAAACUCUCAAUGGCUAUGAAACAAACACCAACAUUUGGUAAUGAUGAUUCUCAACAGAAUGUAGCUGACAAACUUUAUCACAUGAGGUCGAUGCUAACAUAUUUAGAAGCGGUUCGGUAUAAAAUAUCAGCUAGUCUAAGUGAACUCGACAACAGGUCUCCAGUGCAACAUCCCCUCGCCACCCAUAUACAAAUUAUUAGAGACAAACAAGGACUUCAGCAGAGCAUCCUUAAAGUGCCUCCAUGGCUUCAAGAAGACUAUCAAAAUGAGGUGAACAAAAAUCUACAACCCAACUAUACGGCUUUGACGAAAAGCGUUAACGGUGGAGAAGAACGGGAGAGGCGCGACUCCAUCAUGAGCAGAGCGUCGAGUAAACUUCGCAUAGAGCAUUUAUCGUUUAAAAAGAACACAGAGAAUAAGAUUGCGUCGGUCUGUGCAGAAUUACCAACUCCUCCAUUGAAAAGUAUGGCACCGCAAGUAACGCCGCCGCCAGAAAGCCCGUUGGAUUGGAGUGAACGCGGUGCUGGAGAUGGACUGUCCAAUCAACAUGACAGCGACUUUGAUGAAUUUUCAUCACAGAGCGAUAGCUCAACUGACUUGACUGAUAUUGGAAAGAGUGACAGUAACGGGGAAGCAGCGCAAAAGUUUAUAGGUAGAUGUCGCGCUCUCUACUCCUAUGAAGCGAGGCUGGACGAUGAAUUAACUCUAUCACCAGGUGAUAUUAUAAAUAUCCACGAAAAACAAGACGAUGUUUGGUGGACGGGGGACCUCAACGGGUGCUACGGCAUAUUUCCAUCCUCGUAUGUCGAAGAAAUCACUACUUGUAUAUGAUGUUAAGGUCACGGCACAUUUUUGUUGCUUGAAAACUUGAUAAAGCAUCUCUAGGGCCUUUUUCAAUUUCACGUGUAAAAGGCGUUUUGUAGAGAUUGGAUUACUCUUGAUCGCUUCAAUGUUAUUACUUUACCAAAAAUUAAAUAUUUCAGUGUUAUAUCAUGGGGCCAUUAAUAAAAUACGUUCGCAGACACGUGUUACUUAGCGAGAUGAUAACAUGUGACUAGUGAGCAUGGGAAUCUAAAGAAACGAAUUGUUCGCAGUCCAUUAUUUAUUUUUUCAUCUUGUUGGUUUUUACAUCUUAUUUUACGAAAGUAAGUCAUUCUUUCUUUAAUUUAUUUAUUUAUGUGAACACAAUAGCCAUUACUUGUUACGAUAAAUACUUACUGAUGUUGGUUAUGGCACUGAUAGUAGUCUCAGGGCUAUCAAACCUGUGUUAUUUUAUUAAAGCUAGGUUUGUUUAAAUGUGUACUAUUGUAGGUAAGAACGAAUGGGUAUAAACUGAGUGUCAGUUAUUAAAAACAGGUAACAGUUAGUAAAGGUAUAAAACUGUUGUUCUAGUGCGUUAAAAUACGAGUCGUAUUAGUUUUUUUUUUUCAUUUAUGUUUAACAUGACAGUUUCAAAUACAAUUUGCUAUUGCCAGUUGCUUUUAAGGUCGGUAAAAAAAUUUGGUCAACUAUGCUAAGGUAUUAAAGCGAAUUUUAUGUGUUGUUGUGUGAAUAUUAUGUGUUCGGGCAGCUAUUCAGCAAUAUUUGGCAAACAGCCAUUCCGAUUCGAAGAGUGUAAUAUUCCCCCAGACACGAUGAAAAAUCCGAGUGAGAACAUUAGUUAUAUUAAUUAGGUAGUGUGUAUAUAUGUCUGUCCCUUUUUGUCAGAAGAGUCUGUGUUUAAAUACAUUGUGUAAGACUCGAGCAAAGGAGGUUUGAUCUCCGCCAGUAUGAAUGAAAUUGUUAACGUAAUUGCAACUGUUAAUUUACCACGCAUUCAGCGGUGAACGUUCGAAGUCUGAAGAAUAAUAUAUUGCGACGACAACCGGAGCAUUGUAACUGACUCAGAAAUUAGAAGGAGCCUGUGACGCUUACAAAAUAGUAAUAUACCUAUAACUUUAAACUAGACUUGCAACGAAUAUUCGGCUAUUAUUCGGUAUUCGGUCUAUUCGGCUACUUUUAUCCUAAAUAUCGGCCGAAUACCGAAUACUUAAGUAAGAUUUUAUUGUAAUCAGAUAAUUGGUAAAAUGAAAAUAUUUAUUUAUUUGAUUAUUUUUUUUUGUAAUUAUUAAGGUAGUCUUAUUAAAAACAGAACUAUCAGACAUAUGUCUAUGCACUCGACUUAUCGUAAUUAAAGUGGAAGAUAAUGGUGCAAAAGUCCAAAUCUCAACUUCAGCGAAAAGACGAUCUGAAGAAUAAACACUACAUCCAUCCUGGCCGAAUACUUUUGCUUAAUAUUCGGCUAUUCGGCCAGGAAGUCUGCAGAAUAUUCGGUAUUAGGCGUAUGGCCGAAUAUACUAUUCGUUGCAAGUCACUUUAAAGUAACAAAUAUUUUAAAUCAUGAAUAUUUGUAUGCUAUUAUUAAUCGCAAAAGGUCACUUAUAGACGGUUAGGGAGAAGUAACUUGUGUGACGUGUGUGACGUUAUUUAUAUUUUAUGGCAGUUGCUUGUCACUCUUUGUGACGAACCGAGAGUGGCAUAUGUGGCAAAAAAAGGCUUUAUGACGUAUUUUAUGAAUGGCCCUAAACAAAUAUUGAAAAGUGUAAUAUAAUUUAGAAAAUGUACCGCACAAACAAUAAUAUGUUAGAUAUGGACAUGUAAAGUUUUAUGUAAUAUGUAAGUUGGAAAUUAAAGUUUGAAAUGAUGUUAAUUGUUUGUAAAUUUUAGCAUUAAGCGCAUAAUCAAAUUUUAAUGUAAAUGCAAUUAGUUUGUUAAAUAUAAAUUAUUACCUACACUGAAAGAUGAAACCAAAGUAUUGUAAGUAAUAAAUAAAUCAUAUAACUAUUU